AUGAGUAGAGUGAAAAAAGAAAAGAAAGAGAAGGUAUUGAGUUCAGCAGGUCCUGUCAGCUACAAGCGAUCAAUUUUAGCUGCGUUUGAGAAGCAAUCCAAUGGAAGAAUAUGUCCGCUAUGCAAAGUGAAAUUUUCGUUGGCUAGUUACAAAUCUCAUAUGAAUGAAUGUAAUGUGGCAGAAGACGAUGAUGAAAUAGAGGUUCUGGCUACUUAUACUCGGGAAGAAGCAGUGUUAUUAAGAGCUGGUCCAGAAAUAGUACUGGGUGAAGAAAGUUUCUCGGAGAUUACUUCAAAUCCGAAGAAAAGAAGAAGAACUGAGAAAAUCGAAGAACUAGAAAGUACGUCAGCACCGCCAAAUAAUGUUGUCUUGGGCACUCCUAGACCAACAACCUGUAAUGAAAAUCUGGAGACAUCAUUACAGUCUUCAGAAGUCACAGAAAACAUUGCGAAUCAUGUGAGAAAUAUCAAGACAUCUCCUGAUUCUGAAAAUCAUCGAAGGAAAUCUACCAGAGUGUUACGAAGUGAAAGUCAGCAAGGACCUGUGAAAAAGGAGUCGGCGACAAUUGCAGAAGUUAUUGAUACGAUUGAUAACUUCGAAAGCCGAACUGCCAAUACCCCCCUACCGUAUUAUGUGAAAUGUACAAUCCGGAUUUUAAAACGUGUCAUUUCCACAAUGAAGACGGAUGGUACUUAUUAUUCCGAUGAUUUCUGGCUGCCUGGUGAUAUAAUAACGUUUUACCGGUUUGUAAACGAACUUUCGGAUGGAGCAAAAUGUCUUCUUGUACGAUUAUUCAUCCGAAAACCAGUAUGGUAUCAUUUGGAAAAGUUAGAACAAAAGUAUCCCGAAGUUCAAAACAUUAACGAAGUGGUAGUGGAGUUAACGAAGAUGGAAUUUGUGGACGAUGAUUCUUCACUGAAGUCUCUUGAGGAAGCUCUUAAAAUUUCCGAUGUUUCCGUUUUGAAAAAUAUCGCAAAAAAGUUCAAGAUAGAUUCAAACAAGAAUCGCCAAGAAACCAUUCAAUCAAUCAAGUGUUUCGCCCAAUCUCAACAGUCAAUAUUUGGAGGAACUGGAAGCGUUGAGGCAUCAGUUUUGAAAGCUCUCAAAAAGGAAUUAGGUACUUGUGUGAAAAUUCGAGAUGGAUUUGUAGAUCUUUUCAAGUGCCUCUUCACCGUAUACUGCCCUGUCACCACUAAUUCUGCUAAUGUAAUUGAUAAUUCGUCAGCCACAAAUGUAUAUCAAGAUUUACUGUUUAUGAUGCUUUCUGUAGAGAAUGGUACUGUACAAUUUCCCGCAUUGAAUCCAUGCCCGACUAUUACGAGUUUUUAUAAAGACAGAAGAAUGCUAAUGGAAUAUGUGAUUGCAAAAUCUCUUGAAACGACUUUAGUCUUGAACAUGUCCAACGGAAACCAUGAGACUGCUCUCGAUUUGGCAAUCGACGCGAAAGAAUUUCUGGAUCAAAUGCCGGAAGAACACAAACGAUAUUAUGACAGUUUAGAGGUUCAUGAACGGAAGUUCACACCAAUUUGGGUUCAUACGCGAUGUUGUGGACACGCGACAACUUUACUCGAAAAACAGAAAAAAUACGGAAUGGCUGUGGAAUGGCAGAGAGAUUUACUGAUUACUAACAAAGACGUUCAACUAUAUUGUAUUGAUUCUCGUGGAUUGUGGUGGGAUCGAAUGUUGCUCAAUCUGGAUUCACAUUUGAAAGAGAAACAAGAAUGCGCAAAGAUGAUUCAACUAGCUAUCAACGACCCGUCAGUUCUUGAAAAAGAGCUUCUAUCAAUUCAAGAUCGUGCUCUGAAAUUGAAAGAAAUGCCUCCUGAUUUCCGACCGCCACUAAAUAUUGGCAUUCCCAAAAAACGAGUGAUUAGUGCAAGAACUAUAGCGAAAAGUCUUGGUGACGGAAGACUCAAUCGAUUUGUGAUACGAGAUGAUGAAAAGGAAGAAGACGUGGAGUGCUCUGUUGAGGAAGCUGCAAGAAGAUGGUAUAUGGAGAAUGAGGGAUACACGAUUGGUGUCCAUGAUGAAGGUGCCACGUGGCACACACUGUUCGGACUCAUCUUCUAUGACAUCAUCUUUUCUACGGAAGAAGGCGUGGCAUCCACUUGGCACAGCGAAGUUCAAGAUUGUCCAUCUGAUCUAAGUAAUACACUCUAUUCGAAACGAAAAGAAAAGUUCGAGGAUCGGUUUGAAUGGUUGGGAGAAGUAGAUCAGGAAGUAAUUGAAGAUAAUAUACGUAAAAUAUGGACAUUGAAGCAAAACGAAACGAAUCGAGAAUGUUCUUGGAAACAUUUUCCGUCUGGAGUUGAAGAUUGUGUGGGUCUCUUCCAAUGCAUUUCCCGUACUGCUCUGGUGUCAAUCUUUCGUCGUCUUGCUGAAAAUUACCGAAAUUCACGAUCAGGUUUCCCGGAUUUGACGCUUUGGAAUCCCGAAAAGAAGACGGUUGCAGUCAUCGAAGUGAAAGGUCCAGGAGACCGUCUGUCCACGAAACAACGACUUUGGUUAUCAGUUUUUGCUGAUAAUGGAAUUGAAUCGGAAGUGUGCCACGUGGAAGCGCAAAAUUCUAGACUACUGGUGUAA